UCUGGGGUUGGGUCGUGGGGACGAGGUGGUGGCCAGGUCCUUGUGGGGUUGCUCUGCUUGUCCCUGCUCUCUGCCAUUUCCUGAUGGAAAGAGGGAUUGGGCAUGGGAAUGGCUGCCCAGGGAGGUGUCACCAUCCCUGGAGGUUUUUAGGGAAAGCCUGGAUGAGGCUCUCAGUGCCGUGGCUUGGGGUGAUGAGGGGGGGGUUGGUCCUGCCUUGCACUGGAUGGUCUCGGAGGUCUUUUCCAGCCCAGUUAACUCUGGAAUUCUGUGCCUCUGCCCAGGUGGGGAUUCUCGGCCGCCGCAUGAGCAGGGCCUGGCCGGGCCAUGGCCUGGCCACCGGGGCUGCUCCUGCUGCUCCUGCUGCUGUCCGGCCGCGCUCCGGCCGCGCGGAGCCGCGACUUCACUGCCAAGGACAUCGUCUACCUCCACCCCUCCACCACGCCGUAUCCUCGUGGAUUUAAGUGUUUCACCUGCGAAAAGGCCUCUGAUAAUUACGAGUGCAACCGCUGGGCUCCGGAUGUUUACUGCCCCAGAGGGACGAGGUACUGCUUCAGCCAGCACAUGAUGAAGGCCAGCGGGGAGAGCGUCUCUGUCACCAAGCGCUGCGUGGCCCUCGAGGAGUGUCUGAGCACCGGCUGCACCUACAUCAGGCACGAGGAGUACAAGGUGUGCACGUCCUGCUGCGAGGGCAGCAUCUGUAACCUGCCCCUGCCCCGGAACGCCUCGGACGCCGUGUUCGCCACGCUGUCCCCGCCCGCCGCGACACCGCCACUGUCACCCGCGGGCCCGCUCACACCGCUCGGGCUGUGCCUGGCGCUGCUGGCACCGCGCUGGCUCACGGCCACCGCCGCGGGACGGUGACAGCGACAGCGACAGGGACAGCCACCGCCGUGGGACGGUGACAGUGACAGCGACAGGGACAGGGACAGCCACCGCCGCGGGACAGUGACA